CUUUUUGAUAAACGCGCCAAAUCUUCCCCUCCAACACCCCCACCAACGGCGUCGCCAUCGCUUUUCCCUUUACCAUCUUCGCCGCGCUCAUCGACCGUGCCACUCACUCUCCGGGUGUCUGCGCAGUGAGCAGUUGGCCAGAUGCGAACACUCGAUCUCUACGAUCAUGUGCAACUCAAGACCGAUCCUGCCCUCCGUGGCACCAUUGAACGCACCCACACCGAGUCUUUCGAACCCUUGGCCGACGAGUUGAUCAUCGCUCAUGUUCCUGUUCCGCCAGAGAUCCUCAACCAGUUCGUCACCACUGGAGCUCCUCCUCCAGGAUAUGUCUUUGUUCAGUUUGAGGAUGAACCCGACGGCAGUUCCCUCGUGGCCGAGGACGACCUGAUCUUAAUCAGUCGCAGUUUUCAGAUUGGUGACCAUGUCCGCCUCGAAAGCAAACCCAUUACAGGCACUGUCGUCAGCAUCGACGAGUCAUACAUCCUUCAACCAAUCCUUAGCCUUCCCUUCACCAUCCCUAAUAAAGGACUUUUCCCACAGCAGUUCGACACCUGCACAUCCGAAUGCAUUAGUUCCCUCCCUGCCCAUCUGUCACCUUCGAACCCGCACGUUCUCUUGGUCGAUGUCCCUGCGCGGGAGGUGAAGAGGGCGCAAGAUGUGAUGAAGGAUGAUUUUAUUCUUUCAAAAAAUUGGGUAGGAACUGUCGAAGAAGUGCAGUACAACAUUGUCAUUCUCCUCGCCGAUCAUUCGUUGGUCCAAAUUCCGUCUAUCGACGGGCUAUAUAUUCCAGUCCGCGCGGAAGGAAAACCCUUGAUCGCACUCCCAGAAGAGGAUGGUUUCCGACCAGAUGUGGUAGGCGCUUUGCAGGGUUGGAGCACCACGAUUCCCAUCUACCAUGUUCCUCGGCCCGGUUCGUUUGUCAUCGUUGAUGGAACCCGCCUUCGUCAAGGCAAAUGGAUCAAAGGUGGCUACAGCUCACAGUCUCCGGCUCAUGGAUGGAUUGUGAAUAUCCGAGCCGGCGAGGUCACAGUGGACUGGGUGGGUUCAAGGGAGUCGCCUUCUGGGCUGCGCACCAGUGGCGACGACAUGCCUCCGUAUGAACUGGAAUUCUUUGAUAAAGCAGGCGAUCCCAGUCAACCCGACACUCUUUGCCCCAGGGCGGAUGUUGUCAUCUACGACACCGGCAUCAGGCCUGUCAACGGCAACCACGAGCAUGUGCAUGGACACCCUGGAACAGCAGAACUCGGUGGCGAAAUCCAAGGAGAACAUCACGACAGCAUGGUCUCUCUACGAUCGGGCUCGGGUCAAGAUCUAGGUGCAGGGACUCAUGUGAGGUUUCGGGAUCCGACAGCAGCACGCGUGAAGUAUCAAGGGGUGGGCACGAGCGCGCAUGGUGCCAUUCAGAAAGUCAGCAAAAUUUAUGGAUGGGACAUGGACGAGUAUAGAAUAGUCCACGUGACGCAGACAGCCACUGUGCUGUGGCAGGAUGGAUCUGUCUCGAACAACGACUCGUCAACGCUUCACGGCUUCUCGCUAUUCGAACCCGAUAUCUCGCCGGCAGACUUCGUCCUCAAAAGAGAUGGAAUGCAGCAACGAGACCUUGUCAUGGGAGAGGUCAAGACUUUCAAUGAGAUGACCUUUUUCGAAGAGCCGCACGAUCUUCUUCCUCGCAGCGUGGGUGUUGUUCAAAUGGUUGACUCUGCCGAGAGAAUUGCCCGUGUGCGGUGGUUCAAGGAGCCCCAGAUUGAGCUCCGGUCCAAUGGUUCGGUGUUGGCCCCCCACUCUCGCUAUGGCGCUAUUGGCGAUGUUGUUGAAGACAUAUCACUCUAUGAAAUCAUGUCAUUUCUGUGCCUGCAGCGGAAGCCGAAAAAUUUGUGUGUGAUCAAUAGAUCGCGUGACGGCGCGGCGAUGAUAGCUGAUGACGAUACCGUUCCUGUCGCUUCCAGAGAAGUGCCCAGGUCUACUGGCAGGUACUCCAAUCAUUCAUCGCGGAGGUCAAGACGUGGUUCGGUUCCAGAUCAAAAUGGGCACAUCUCGACGACGGGCUCAGCAAGGGCAAAGCGUCCAGAUAUUGACUGGUAUGGAGAGAUUGUGGCAACGAACCUCGACGGCUCAUGUACCGUUAGGCUUGGUGCCGCGCAGAAGUGUCGAGACGUCUGCGUCGCACCUGAUGACAUUUUAGCCGUUAUCGACGAACAAGAACACCUGGGUGACUAUGACAACGAGUCAAUGGACCUGGACGAAUCCGCCUCAUCGGACUGGUCUGUUGAAUACGAAGGUGGUGAACGCAUGGAUGCUGACAGUGGAGACGACAAUUGGGAAUCCGAGGGAGAGGACGACGAGGACGACGAGGACGACGAGAUACUGUUUACUUUGAUGCAAGAGCGGAAAGAGGACGUUAAUGAGGUGGAAAUGAAAGACAUGGAUUCGCAUGAGGAUGAUACUCAAAGACCUUCUCUUGCGCGUCUGACGACUGCUCUUCAACACGAUGCACCCCAUCAAUUUCGCAUUUUGGAAUCUGAUCCGCCCCAGGACCAAUUUGGAAGACUUUCUUUGAGACAAUCGCCAGGAUCAUUUCUGAAGCGAAUCUUGAAAGAACACCGAGCGCUGUUAACGGGCCUGCCUGAAGGAGAGAUAUACGUGCGGACUUAUGAAAGCCGACUCGACCUGUUGCGGUGCUUGAUCAUUGGGCCACGGGAUACACCUUAUGAAAGUGCGCCGUUUUUGAUCGACUUGCAAUUACCAGAAGGAUUUCCUGAGGUGCCCCCUGUUGCACACUUUCACAGUUGGACCAGUGGGCUUGGUCGAAUCAACCCCAAUUUGUAUGAAGAAGGCAAAAUCUGCCUCAGUCUGUUGGGGACGUGGACAGGCAAACACGAAAGUGAAAAAUGGAGCGACAACUCAACGAUUUUGCAGCUACUUGUUUCGUUGCAAGGAUUGGUCAUGGUGCGAAGGCCCUUUUUCAACGAGGCAGGGUUUGAAGGGUUUGAGCACGACGACAAAUACACAGUUGAAUCAGAGCUUUACAGUGAGAAAGCAUAUCUGAUGGCCCGAGGCUUCGUUAAACACGCGUUGACGCAGCCUCCAAGCGGCUUGGAGGACGUGAUAGCAUUUCGUUAUCUGUCUAAAGACGGAAAUGGGCACAGCCUGCUGGAGACGGUGAUAGAACGGGGCAGGCAGCUGAUUCAGGCUUCAGAAAAUGCAAGGCAGGAGAAGGAUACAAGGCUGAUGGAUGCCAGUGGCUCGAAAGAGGAUCCCACCCGGGUAUUCCUCAAGCCUUUGAGUCGAGGAGCCAGCGUCAUGCUUGGCCGAGUUCUGAGCGAGCUGGGGGCUCAGUUGGAGCGUUGGCAGCCGAGCACAAGAGUGUCUGAGGUCUAAUGACGUAUGUUUAUAUGACCGGAGAAUCAUGAUGAUACGAUAUAUACCCCGAGAUAGAAUGGCAGAUGGAGUAAUUAUGAGAUGCAGUUGAGUUUA